AUGUCCUGCCGUGCUUUUAGUCCUAGAGCAUUGCGCGCCUUGUCCAAAUUUUCUGCUCAAGCGCCCUCUUCUCGAUCUCUAAAUCGCACGUCCCUAUUUCAGGGACUAUCAUCUUCUGGUAAACACUGCCAGAAAUCUGCAAUGACCACCACGUCCGCGUUUUUCAAGGCCGGCGACGACUUUGACAAAGUUCAGGCGUCACGACCGGACUUCGAGCGCGAUACCGAGGUCAAGUUCUCAAAGCCUCCCAAGCCUGAUUGGAAAGAAGGCGAGGGCGGCAACGACGGUGGCGAGAGCCUGACCAAGAACCAUAUCGAAAUCGACCCCCACGAAGAGGGCCGACCUGUUUCAAAUAACUAUAAGCUCCUGAUUUCGGGGGUUGUCCCACGACCAAUCGCCCUGAUUAGCACCAAAUCGAAAGACGGAAAGACGGCAAACCUGGCACCGUUCAGUUACGCCCAGGUAAUCAACCAUGAUCCUCCGCUCUUCACGGUUGGUUUUGUUGGCUCCCUUGAAAAAGCCAAGGACAGUCUGAAGAACCUCACAGAGAGCGGAGAGUGCGUGAUAAAUAUCAUCUCAGAGCAUUUUGUCGAAGCCGCAAACGCAACUGCAGUAAAUGCGCCGUAUGGUGUAUCAGAGUGGGAGGUGUCCGGCCUACACCAAGCUCCUAGUUCCGUCGUUCAGGCUGCUCGCGUGAAGGAAUCGAUGUUGUCUAUCGAAGGCAAGGUCGUUGAAACCAAGGAGUUUGAAAGCAGAGCGACUCCAGGAAAAAAGACGGGCGUUUUGGCAAUCAUCGAGGGCGUUCGAUUCUGGGUACGGGAAGAUGCGUUCGACAAGGAGACGAACGUCGUUGACCUGAAGGUCUUGAAACCGAUUAGCCGUCUAGGAGGCCUUGCAUAUGGGCGAACAACUGAUGCGAUUGAGCUCCCGCGGCCGAAGUUUUGA